AUGGAGGAGAACCGCAUCAACAAGUGGUGGAAGGCAAAGCUUUUGUUUUUCCGUUCUGACCUGCUCCGCUCCUCUCUGAGCACCAUGCGCAUCUUCCAGCACUGCGCGGGCGAGCAGGCGCCGCUGCGUAGCCAGAUCUCCUUCCUCGAACUGGCCGCGGCGCUGCAGCGCGUGCACCGGCAGUGGCAGCUUCACCACGGCGCCUACAUCUCCAUGUUGGCAAAGGACCCGUCCGUGGGCGGGAUGGCGCCUGCUCCGCUGGCGGGGCGCUUGCAGUUGUCUUUGGAGCAGACUUUGCAGGCCGCCCUCUUGCAGCACACGCCUCGAGACGGGCGGAUCACGUACACGGCUUUCCGCUUGGCAGUCCGCGGCAAGCGCGGGCCAGCGUUCAGGGGCGCGACGGGCCAGCCGGGCGUGGGCCCGCUGAUGCCGCGCAUCAAGGUGGCUGUGGCGGCCCUGGUUGCGGGCGGGGUGCUCGAAGAGGCGCCCGGCGCGGACCAGGGCUUCGUGAAGGUGGGCUAUCUCAAGCAGUCCGAGAAGCAAGCGGCCUUUCGCCGCAGCCUCGGCGUCUCGGUAGAGGCGUGGGCGCCUCGGGCGGCCCUGCCAGAGCUCGGUCCGCGCGACGCAGCGGCGCUGGACGCUGCGCUGGCCCAGCGGGACUCCGCCCGCUCAGGCGUUGGCGCACGGGCAGACAAGCGGGCGCGCCUGGCGUUGCGCUUUCGCGCGGGGCGCACGCGGGGCACGCUGGCCCGACUGCUCCAGUGUGGACUUGUUAGCGGCGACGGCGGCCCGGCUGAGACGCUGGCCCCGCGGGCAGGGCUCGCUGGCAAACUUCGAGGCGAGGAGGUGGUCGUCCUCGACGCCUUCGUGUGCCGCGGCCGCCUUCGGUGCGACGUGGCCCCCGUAGUCCAAGGCUCUGGGGCGGGCGCCGCUGGCGGCGCGCACGUGCUCAGGACGAGUUUGCGGCGUGGUUUGACCACGCGUGCCGGUUCUGAUCUCACGGACGUGCAGCAUCGGUGGCGCUGCCGGUCGAUCGUCCGCGGUGUUCCAUGGAUGGCGCGCGUGCCCGAGGGCGUGUCGGAUGGCGGGCGCGCAGCAUCGGUGGCUCCGCGCGCUCUCGUGGAAGACGCGCAGAUGUUGCAGUCUUUCCGCCACGCCCUCGCCGGCAUGAACGUCGCGGCGCCCGCGUGCCAGCGGCCCGCGGCGCCAGUCCUCGUGAUCCCGAAGGCCGCCGACGAUCACGCCCGGCAAUUCCGGCACUGGGUCGCGCGUCAGCAGGGGGGGGCCGCGCUGCAGCCGAGCGGGGAAUGCAGGCGCGGGAGCUACGUUUGGGACUUCCCGUGGCCAGUGCAGCUGGCGUCGUGCGGCGGGCGCGGCGACGACGUCGGGCAUCGCUGUUACUUCCCAGUCGCCGACGAGGACGUGGUGCGCGUCGUCCCUGACGCGAUCGUCAUCCGCGGCAACGCGGCGGAGGGCGGGCAGAAGGAGGGCCGCUGUUACGUGACUGGGAGGUUCCUGGCGAGAUUCCUCUUCUGCCUGAAUGACACGCUGAACUUCCGCGAGUGCCGUCGGCAGCUGCUCGGGGAGUACGUCGCCGUCGCGCGCGGCGCGGAGGCGGGCUUGAGCGACGCCGGCGCGCGGGCAGUCCUCUUCAACAUCGCUUUCGCCCUCCCCAAGCGCAAGAUGUUGGGCAUGAUCGCCCCGCGCGCCUUCUCCGCCCCGAUUUCGCGGAGAGUGUCUGAGAUGCGGCGCCUGCAGAGUCUCUACAACGGUUCCGGGCUGCGCGUGGACGGCAACUUCAAGCUGGCGAAGAAGAUUUGGAGAGGUGCCGGCAAGUCCCGCCAGAAGCCCUUCAGUUGCGUGCUCGGCAUCUGCGGGACGGACGGAUCGCCCCUGCUGCCUGUCGCCCCCGUCCGCGGGGAGGCCUGGAUGGACAUCAAGCGCGUGCUGCAGCCUCUGCUCGCGGACAUCGUCUCUGCUCGCCAGGCCGCCGGCAUGUCCUUGGAGGACGCGUGCCCUGCGUUCGUCAGCACCGACUCCUACAACAAGCACUUCAAGAAGUACGCCGACGUGGUGAAUGAGGCGUGCCAGCUUGCCCGGGUGCGGACGGCUGGUGCCACUCCGCGCGGCCCACUCGCCGCGUGCUGCAUAGUCGCGCCUUCCGUCGGCGUGCUCGUGGCAGGCGAGCCGUUCCACGACGUCCUCAACGCGAGGAACCGCAAGGCGCGCCUCCCGUGCCGGCGCUUGGAGAGCGCGGGCGCGACCUCCUGCGGACUGCUGUGGCUCAGUCUGCCGCGUCCUUCCAGGAAGCGCUCGCGCAGAUGCGUCUUCAAUUCGAAGCUGCGGCGGCAUUACAGCCGCCUUCUCAAGUCGCGACGCUUGAGCGGCUUGCUUGCGUGGCAAGAGUGCGCCGAAGGCUUGCGGGCCGCCGGCGUGGGCCCUCGAUCCGGCACCGUCCCAGUCGAACAGUCUUGGGCCAUCACUGCUUCGCACUGGCCAUCCGAGACUAAGACUGCAGGAGAGAAAGUUUUCAAGUUUUUUGCAGACUUGUCAUUCCUGCGGUUUUUGUACAUGCACUUCCACAGUUCGGCGUUGCCCGCGUGGGUCGACGAUGGCGUCAUGUAUUUCCAGCAGAGCGAACGCGCCCGUCUCAUGCUCGAGCCCGAGACAAAGCUGCGGCUGGAGCAAGAGUUGGCGGACGCCGCUCGCCAGAGUUCGCAGUGA